AUGGCUGUUCAGUCCACCUUGCGACAUACGGCGGCCGAGGAUGCGCUGGCCGCCUUCGUCGACAAAUGGACCAGCCUUUUCAAGAACCGUCUGCGAAAGACAUCUCGAACCACCAGAAUAGUUGCGACGAUCGCACUUAUCACAUCCAUCAUCCUGGGUGGUGAAGGCGCGCGGCGAUGGUGGAAACGAAAGCGGCACGAACGAGAACAGGGCCAUAAGCUUGUCCGCACCAACUCAUGGCUUCAUAACAAGGACGGUUCACGCACCAUCUACGUUCCAUACAAGGAUCGGACCUCCAAGGUCGUGAUCAACAAUACAGACCCUCUGACAUUCGAAGCCCAUCGACGACUCUUCCUCAACCCGCCUCGCGUUUCGGGUCUCGGUAAUGGGACGGUCCCCUCUGCUCAAGCCAAGCCAGGGCUCAACCUAGCGUUCCUGCAUCAGUUCCUCAGUUUAAUGAGUAUCAUGAUUCCGCGCUGGUCUAGCAAGGAGGCAGGCUUGCUUCUUAGCCAUGCAAUGUUCCUAAUGCUGAGGACAUAUCUGUCCUUGGUCGUGGCUCGUCUUGACGGUGAAUUAGUCCGGGAUCUAGUGGCUGGAAAUGGAAAGGCAUUAGCCUUGGGACUUCUCAAAUGGUGUGGCCUAGGGGGCUUCGCUUCCUAUACAAACGCCAUGAUCAAGUUCCUAGAGUCAAAGGUUUCCAUCGCUUUCCGCACCCGUCUUACGAGAUACAUCCAUGACCUUUAUCUAAACGACAAUCUGAACUAUUACAAGCUCGUCAAUCUCGAUGGAGGGAUCGGACAUAGUGCAGACCAGUUUGUGACGCAGGAUUUGACGUUAUUCUGUGCUGCUGCUGCAAAUAUCUACUCCUCUCUGGGAAAACCCGCCGUCGAUAUUGGCGUCUUUAGUUUCCAGCUGUAUCGCUCACUUGGUCCACUGGCCGUCACCGGCCUUUUUAGCACUUACUUCUUGACAGCCAGUAUACUUCGGCGGCUGUCCCCACCAUUUGGAAAACUCAAGGCAGUGGAAGGCCGCAAAGAGGGCGAUUUCCGAAGCCUACAUGCCCGACUGAUUGCAAACGCCGAGGAGGUAGCCUUCUAUGGUGGUGCCGACAUGGAGAAGACCUUCCUCAACAAGGAAUUCAAGUCGCUCAAGAGCUGGAUGGAAAGUAUUUAUAUGCUCAAGAUCCGAUAUAACAUUCUGGAGGAUUUUAUUCUCAAGUACAGUUGGAGUGCAUAUGGAUAUUUGUUCGCAUCGCUCCCCGUCUUCCUACCUGCAUGGGGUGGCUUUGGCGGCGUCGCCGAGAUGGCCGAGUUGGCUGAGAGCAGUGGCAGGGAGCGCAACCGAAUGAAGGAAUUCAUCACAAACAAGCGGCUCAUGCUUUCUUGUGCCGAUGCAGGAGGUAGAAUGAUGUAUUCCAUCAAGGAUUUGUCUGAGUUAGCAGGACAUACCAGUCGGGUAUACACACUGAUUUCCACCUUACACCGCGUCCAUGCAGACGCUUAUAAGAUCAGAGGGGGGAACUACGAGCUGUACUCUUUAUCUGAUGUUCAGGGGACUAUCCAGAAAGGAUUUGACGGCGUUCGUCUGGAGCACGUGCCAGUGGUGGCACCUGGCCUGUGGCCCCAAGGGGGUGAAGAAUUAUUGGAUUCCCUCUCUCUUAUAGUUCGAGGUGGAGAGCACGUCCUGAUAUCCGGGCCCAAUGGCGUGGGUAAGACUGCCAUCGCCCGUAUUCUAGCCGGCAUGUGGCCUGUAUAUCGAGGGCUGGUGAGUCGUCCCAAGGACAUCGGACAAGAUGGUAUCAUGUUCCUUCCCCAGCGUCCAUAUCUCAGCCCCGGAACCUUGCGAGAUCAGGUCAUCUACCCCGAUGGCCACAAUGAUAUGAUUGAGAAACGCAAGUCUGAGAUGGACCUGAGACGAGUUUUGGAUGAAUCCCGACUCGGGUAUCUUCCCGAGCGCGAGGGUGGAUGGGAUACCCGCAAGGAGUGGAAGGAUGUCCUGAGUGGUGGUGAGAAGCAAAGAAUGGGUUUUGCCCGACUUCUGUAUCAUGAGCCCAGAUACGCCAUCAUCGAUGAAGGUACCAGUGCCGUCUCGAGCGAUGUUGAGGGGCUCCUGUACGAGACAUGCAAGGAAAAGGGUAUCACCUUGAUUACUAUUUCCACACGGGCCUCACUCAAGAAGUACCAUACGUUUAACCUGAUUCUUGGCGAGGGUGAGAGAGGAGAUGAAUGGGAAUUUGAGCGCAUUGGAACUGAGAAGGAGAAGAUGCACGUGGAGAAGGAGCUUCAAGACCUCCGGGAACGCCUAUCGAAGGUUGAUGAGUGGCGGGAGAGGAGGGAGGAGAUUGAGAAAGAGCUUGCUGCUGUGUGGACGGAAGAGGGGGGAUCAUUACAGGCGCCAUCAUACAUUGAGGUAGACCCGGCUACAUCGUCAAGCGAAAUUUAG